AUGGAUUCUGAUUCUCUUCUAGGGCUUGAUGUCGUUCUUCUCUCUUCCUCUGCCUUGGCUGGCGGAAAAUCUGAAUUACAAGCUUUACAGGCUGCAAAGUCUGAUGGUAUUACAGCUAGACAUGUGAAGAUUGUGGAACCAAAUAAAUCUGAAGAUACUAAUGAAGAUGUGGAUAAGAUUGAAGAUACUAAUGAAGAUGUGGAUAAGGAUACAUCUUCUGCAAAAUAUGCAUUACAAGCUGUACAAGCUACAAAGCCCGAUGGUACUACAGCUAAACAGGUGAAGAUUGUGGAACCAAAUAAAUAUGAAGAUAGUAAUGAAGAUGUAGAUAUGGCUGAAGAUACUAAUGAAGAUAUGGAUAAGGAUACAUCUUCUGAAUCUGAUUCAGAGGAGGAUUUGUCGGUCGCCCUCCAUCAUAGUGAUGUACAAGCUGCAAAGCCUGAUGGUAUUGCAGCUAAACAGGUAAAGAUUGUGGAACCAAGUAAAGCUGAAGAUACUAAUGAAGAUGUGGAUAAGGCUGAAUAUACUAAUGCAGAUGUGGAUAAGAAUACAUCUUCUGAAUCUGAUUCAGAGGAGGAUUUGUCGGUCGCCCUCCAUCAUAGUGGAAAAUCUAAAUUACAAGUUGUACAAGCUGCAAAACCUGAUGGUACUACAGCUAAAGAGGUGAAGAUUAUGGAGCCAAAUAAAGCUAAAUAUACUAAUGAAGAUGUGGAUAAGGCUAAAGAUUAUAAUGAAGAUGUGGAUAAGGCUGAAAAUACUAAUGAAGACGUGGAUAAGGAUACAUCUUCUGAUGAGCCACUACUCUAG